GUUUGAGGUGUGGGUGUGUCCGUAGCGCUGCGGGGCGGGGGGAGCUGUUGAAUGAACCGUUAAAACUGAAAGAGAAAGUAACCAAGUGACGCAGUAAACCUGCUCAGAAGCCCCACUCCGCUCCUGGUUCUCGGUUAGACCCGCUCCGCCCUUGGUUCUCGAUCAAACCCGUUCCUCUCCUGGUCCCGGUUGAGGUCAUCCGUCGAAGGCUGACACGAUGCUGAGCAGCACGGCGGUGCGUCCCGCGCACAGCGGGGGGGGCUUCUGCUUCGAGAACACUCGCAGGAAUGUAGAUCUGGAGGCUAGUCUGUUGCCGCGUGGCUUCAGUGCUCCGACCGCAAGAAAGACGGGAACCACCAUCGCUGGGGUGGUUUUCAAGGACGGUGUGGUUCUGGGAGCAGACACCAGGGCGACGGACGACAUGGUGGUGGCGGAUAAAAACUGUGCCAAGAUUCACUACAUCGCACCGCGCAUAUACUGCUGCGGGGCGGGCGUGGCCGCCGACGCUGAGGUCACCACCAUGAUGAUGUCAUCCAACGCCGAACUGCACUCGCUCAACACCGGCCGCCCCCCGUUGGUCGCCAUGGUGACCAGGCAGCUCCGACAGAUGCUCUUCAGGUACCAGGGUCACCUGGGCACCUCCCUGAUUGUGGGAGGGGUGGAUGUGGACGGGGUCCACCUCUACAGCCUCUAUCCCCACGGCUCCUACGACCGGCUGCCCUUCCUCAGCAUGGGUUCUGGUGCUGCUGCCGCCGUUUCCGUGUUUGAAGACCGAUUUAAAGCCAACAUGGAGCUGGAGGAGGCUAAGCUGCUGGUGAAGGAUGCGGUUACCGCGGGGAUCCUCGGGGACCUGGGCUCUGGCAGCAACGUGGACCUCUGUGUCAUCACCAAGGCAAACGUGGACUAUCUCCGUGGUUACGACCAGCCGGCCAUACCGGUCGUCAAGGGGGGGCGAUACAGGUUCAAGCCCGGGACCACGGCGCUGCUGAGCAGCUCCGUGACCCCGCUCUCCGUCGACCAGCUCCCGGAAUGACGAGGCGGGGGCUCGGUGGACCCGGUCCGACGGACCAGGACGGUCUGGACGAGGACACGGUGUGGACCACAUGGACCCGGUCCGACCCGGUCUUUAACUCGUCUGUUUUCCUGCUCAAACUGCAGUCAUCCUGUGAAUUAAAGCGCAAUGUUCUCUACAAACGAUUCAUCAACUUUCCUUAAACGCUCUUUGCACUCAUAGAACUGCCGGUUUAUUUCCUCACACGUGAAUAUGACAUAACAGGUAUGGCCCUACGGUGGCCCAUACAUUCACAUAUCCCUUCAGCUCCCCCUUUUAAGUCGUUAAGAAAUCCCAUGAAUUACCCAAGGCAGAACAAGUAUAAUUGGGGGGUAGCCUGCCCGCCAUCCACAGCCACGUUAGGGAUUAUUCUACCCUCGAUAGUUGCUGUCCCUAUUGCUCUGAAACAGUUCAAAAAGUCCAUGUGUUUUCAACUUCUGCAACAGCCAUACAGUCCAUUUCCAUAUCCCCAUAUCCUAACUCAAAAGUGCAUUACUUAUAACGACUGUAUGUCAGUAUGAAAACAGUCAAAAUCUCAACAAUAACAAUUUCAAUACUGUCAACUUAAUAACAUAUAACAUAAACAAUCCAUGUUUUCAUUUCA